AUGGUGGCCAGCCGUGCUGCAGAUAUGAGGGAAAUGGCAAGUGAGAAGGAACAAGAAGGGGCAAUUGUGUGGGGAAAUGAAGAUCUGGAGGGAGAAGCCAAACCAGGGGAUCAAGUCGAACCAAAGAAGCAGCAGAGAAGCAAAAAGGAAGCAAAACAGAAGCAGAGGAAGAAAUUGCUUUCCUAUCAGAGUGGAAAGAUAACCGAGGUCCCAGGCCAUGAUGAAAUGCAGAAGAGAAAGAAAAAGCAUAAGGGUCCGAGGAAAGCCAGAGCAUUGAGAAGUACACUCAGACUUAAAAUAUAUCUGAACAUUUCAACGUCCUGGAAAACAUAUAAACGCUCGGAAUGUGGAAAGACCUUUUCUCAGAGUAAAAAGCUGACUAAGAAUCAGAAGAUGCCCACAGGGGAGAAGCCAUAUAAAUGUUUGGAGUGUGGGAAGAGCUUCUCUUAUAAAUGUAACCUAACUAGCCAUCAAAAGCUUCACACAGGGGAGAAGCCAUAUAAAUGUUUGGAAUGUGGGAAGAGCUUCUCUUAUAAAGGUACCCUAACUAGACAUCAAAAGCUUCACACAGGGGAGAAGCCAUAUAAAUGCUUGGAGUGUGGGAAGAACUUCUCUCGAAAUAGCAAUCUAACUAGACAUCAAAAGGUCCACACAGGAGAGAAGCCAUAUAAAUGCUUGGAAUGUGGGAAGAGCUUUUCGCAAAGGCGUGACUUCACUAAGCAUCACAGGAUUCACACAGGGGAGAAGCCAUAUAAAUGCUUGGAGUGUGGGAAGAGCUUCUCUCGAAAUAGCAAUCUAACUAGACAUCAAAAGGUCCACACAGGGGAGAAGCCAUAUAAGUGCCUGGAAUGUGGGAAGAGCUUUUCGCAAAGGCUUCACAUGGGGGAGAAACCAUAUAAAUGCUUGGAGUAUGGGAAGAGCUGUUCUCAGUCUGACAGCCUAAAUAGACAUCAAAAAGUUCACACAGAGCAGGACCCAUAUAAAUACUUAGGACAUGGGAAGAGCUUCAAUGAUUGCAGCCACCUUACCAUACAACUUGAUAAGCACACUGGAGAAUAG